AUGAGCGAGUGGAUUGAUGAGGCAAUUGAAAAUAGACAUUUGAAAUUUCAUCAAUAUGAAGUAUUUAGUGAGGUUGAUGAAAUUGGGAGUGGUUCAUUUGGAACGGUUUAUAAAGCAUAUAAUACUAUCUAUGGGAAACCCAUGGUUUUGAAAUCGAUGAAAAAAGGCCUUGCUUCUGAACAAACACUUGAACAAAUUGUAAAUGAGCUUCAACUACAUCGACAAGUUGAAAUGCAUAAGAAUAUUAUAAGUUUCUAUGGCAUAACCAAAAAUGAUACAUAUAUGCUAGUCAUGGGGUAUGCAAAUAAUGGCACACUAUCUCAUUAUUUAUCAAAAAGUUUUAAUAAAAUGGAUUGGAAUUUAAAAUUAAAAUUUGCUAAACAAAUCUCAAGUGCUGUAUUGUGUCUUCAUAAUAAUAAAAUAAUUCAUAGAGAUUUGCAUGCAGACAAUAUUUUUAUUCAUAAUGAUGACAUAAAACUUGGUGAUUUUGGAUUAUCAAAGUCAAUUGUUGAUGGCACAAUAUCACUUCCCAAAGCAUUUGGCUCUGUAAAGUACUCUGAUCCUAGAUUUUUAAAAGAUUUUAAAAACUACAUACAAACAGAAGCAUCUGAUGUAUAUAGCAUAGGUGUCCUAAUGUGGCAGAUAUCUAGUGGAAGAACACCAUUUCAAAAUUUUUCAUCUAUUGGUUUAGAUCUUAUUUCACAAAUUAUUAAUGGAACUCGAGAAAAUAUAAUUCCAGGGACACCUGAACCUUAUAUUGACCUGUAUACAACAUGUUGGCAAGACAACCCUGAAAAACGUCCACAAAUGUCUCAAGUAGUAGAGUUUUUAGAAACAAUUGACAUUGGCAACACAAAACAAAAGGCUGAUAAUAUUACUUUAUCAGAGAGUAGUUUAAUGAAAAAUAUUGAAAAUUUAUCAUUGAAUGCUUCAAAUAAUUCCAAUUCAGGAACAAAUUAUUUAAAUGAUAUUAAUUUGGAAACAAAUUAUUCUUAUUUUCAAGUUACCAGUACAAUGGAAAAAGAUGUUUCAAAGAUUUCUCAAUUAAUUUUAUCAAUAAUGGGAAGAGAUAAAAAUCAAAUAUUAAUGUAUUGUUCUGGAGAUGGAAAAAAAUGGGAUGGUCCUUAUUCUUUUUUUGAUUUUAGUCUGUCAAGUAUUAGUUCAGCAGUCACAAUAACAAAUUUCAACAGGAAACUUUAUUUGGUCUCAAAUCAUGAUGAUCAAAUACAUAUAUAUAUCACUUCUACUGAUGAUAUAGAUUAUUGGAAACAUAUCAAAACAUCUUAUUGUAGCUCACUACCUGUCAGCUUUGAGAUAUUUAAUGAGAAACUUUACAUGGCUUAUAUAGGAAAUGAGGGUGAUAUCUUCUUGUCUUUUGAUGAAAAUGAGAAUAACUGGAACUCUAUCCAAAAAUUUGAGUGGAAUAUUGAUGGUGCUGCAAGCUUAGCAGCAUUUCGGGACAAACUUUAUUUAGCUUUUGUGAAAAAACAAAAACAAGGCAAACAUUAUAAAAUAUUUAUUUCUUACUCUAAAGAUUGCAUCAAUUGGAUUGAUCCUUUUGCAACUGACUUGGAUUUAUAUACACAUUUUUCUGUUGCAUUGAAAACAUUUAAGGAUAAACUUUAUAUGGUGCAUGUAGGAUCUUCAUAUGAAAUAAAUAUUUCUUAUACUGAUGAUGGAAACAAUUGGCAUAAACCAUACAUGACUAAUCCUCAAUAUAUUUCACAUUCCUCCUUCUUAUUAGAAAAUUUUGAUAAUGAACUUUAUUUAACAUAUUUUUAUGGAGAAUGGAAUAAUUGGAAGAUCUGUAUAAUUUCAUCUCAAGAUGGAAGGAAUUGGAAAAAUACUGUGAGUUAUGACCUUGGAUUUAUUCCCAAACCUUCAGUAAGCAUGUGUCAAUUUAUGAUUUUGAAAAAAAAAGAAGUCAACAUAAAUGAGAUUUUGGAUUCUACACCAAAAGACUUGCCUGCUGAUUCAAUUAGCAGUGAUUUGGAUAUAACCAAACAAGCACUUGGUGCUGUUGACAUUAUUGGAGAUAUUGUUAAACCUUUUGUUCCUUUGAUAGACAUAGUAACUGUUUUGGUGGAGGAGAUAAUUAAAGUUUAUGAAAAUGCCCAAUAUAAUAAAAAAAAUUGCAAUGCUUUCCUUGAUUGUGUGGAAGCUGCUCAAUCAUCAAUCAAAGCUUUACAACAAAAAAAAGAACAUAUAAUAGAUGAGAUAUAUUAUAAAAAUUUUAUGCAUUUUACUGAAGUUUUGAAAAAAGUAAAAGAUUUUAUUGAACUUCAUGGAUAUAGAAAAUUUAUUAAUGCAAAUAAUGUUAAAGAAAAUUUUGAAUCACUUGUCAAAGAAAUUGAUACUGUUAUGCAAGAUUUACAUUUCACACUAAUUAUAAAUAAAUCAUUACAUAAUACUGUUGAUCCUGUAGGAGAAGCAUUUAAACCUUUUGUUUCUUUGAUAGCCACAACAAAUACUGUGGCACGGCAAAUUCUUAAUAUAUUUCAAAAUGCAGAAUAUAACAAAAGAAUUUGUGGUGUGUUUUUAGAUCGUGUGGAUGCUAUUAUAAAUUGCAUUAAAUAUCUAGAACGUAGAAAAAAGGAAAAUAUACAUCUUUUUCAUGAUGAAAAUUAUUACAAGUAUUUUGUAUGUUUAGCCACUGUAUUAUCAAAAAUAAAAACAUUUCUUGAGGAUAUUACUCAUCUUUCUGGAUAUAAUAAAUAUAAUUCAACAAAAAAUUUUGAAGAAAUGUUUGGAAAUCUUACUCAAGAAAUUGAUACUGUUAUGAGAAAUUUAAAUUUUAAAAUGACUGUCUCUCCUGAAGAGCAAAAAUUAAUUGAUCAACAAAUUUUGGGAAUCAAUCAAUGGUGGAAUUGUUGUUGA